AUGGCACCCAGGAAUCGAGAUGAUAAUUUCAUGGACGUAGAUUCUGAUUCAGACAUUUCCUUGCUCGGUGAUGUUGAACACCGCGGGAAAGGAAAGGGAAAGAGCAAAACCACUGACAAACGCAAAAAGGACAAAGGCAAGGCAAAAGCGAAGGAGCAAGCGUACACCUGGGAGGCAUCCUAUACGCGUUCAUGGGACACUGUGCAGGAAGAUGAGGCUGGAAGUCUGCAGGGCGCAGUGGAGGAUCUUAUGGCGCGGGGGAGGCGGAGGAGGUUGCUUGCACCCGCCGCUGCUAUCCGCCGUACGAUCAUCCGACAUCUGGUUCUCCUCCUCGACCUUUCAGCGGCGAUGAUGGACCGCGACAUGCGUCCGACUCGUUUUGAUCUCAUGCUUCAGUACGCAAGGGAAUUUGUGGUAGAGUGGUUUGACCAGAAUCCUCUGGGACAGAUUGGUGUCGUUGGUAUGCGUGCGGGUAUUGGCGAAAGGAUCGGGGAGAUGUCUGGCAAUCCGCAAGAUGUCCUGAAAUGUCUGAGCGAGAGAACUCGACUUGAGCCCACGGGUGAACCAAGCCUUCAAAAUGCCAUCGAGAUGGCACGGAGCAGCAUGAGUCACUUGCCAACCCACUCUUCACGAGAGAUCCUUAUCAUCUUUGGCUCUCUGACGACAUGCGACCCUGGAAAUAUUCACGACACUCUGGAUGCCUGCGUAAAGAAUAAAAUACGCAUAUCGGUCGUAGCACUGGCUGCGGAAAUGAAGAUAUCCAGAGAUUUAUGUGACAAGACUGGUGGUCAAUUUGGCGUGGCCAUGAACGAGGGGCACUUCAAAGACAUCUUAUUUGAGCUCGUUCCACCUCCCGCACAACGAGCUGUCGCUCGCGCAGGAGGGCCAGGAGCAAACCCAGCUGCCGACUUGAUGAUGAUGGGAUUUCCUACUCGACUUCCUGAUUCCUCACCACCAAGCUUAUGUGCCUGUCAUUCAGACAUGAAGAGCGAAGGCUUCUUGUGUCCGAGAUGUAUGGCGAAAGUGUGCGAUGUCCCGACCGACUGCGAUAUCUGUGGACUCAUGAUCGUGAGCUCACCUCACUUGGCACGGAGCUACCAUCAUUUAUUCCCGGUGAAACCGUAUGAAGCUGUAACAUCAAUGGAAGGCGAGUCCAUGCCACAGGCGGCUUGCCACGCAUGUGCAAGGAUAUUUUCGACCUCAGUGUCAACGGCAGCAACUUCGGAGGGUAUGAGUCCUUGGGGUCGGUACCGCUGCCCCGAUUGUCACAACGAUUUCUGUGCAGAGUGCGAUGUAUUUGUUCACGAUGUUAUCCAUUGCUGCCCAGGAUGUGGCAAAUAG